UCUUUUCUUCUGGGAUUUCAGACAUUUUGAGGAGGUCACCUUGAGCUCUGAGAGGCUGUGAGGGACAUUUAGCUCCAGUCUGUAUGUUACCUAUGAAAGCCCUCCUGUUAGUGUUUUAAUACUUCAUUGAUUCUAAUGAGUCUCAAGAGACAAAGGAUGGUCUAACUGAGCAGUUAGAGUCCAGGAUGUGCAGAUUAAAGGUCAACAAUGUGAGUCAAGCUCUAAAACCAUGAUGUGAAAAGUAUCUCUCUCUGUGAGACUGUAAAUGCCUCGUCACCGCCCACAACUUUCAAAACCCAAACCUCCAGUUUGGAGAGAAAUGUUUUCCUUUAAGGCUUUGUUGACUCCCGGCCCAGACCAAGAUAACUGCUCAUUACUUCAAAGAGAAGACACUAAAAUGAAUGUUUAUGUGUACUGAAUCUGAAUCCCCCUUCACACAAAUCUACAUUUUGUGGUUAAAACACACACAUCAUUUCAGACAGCUCUUGGAACUGUGUCAACAGCCGUGUUGACCGAGCUUCUCCUCGCAGAGCCGUCUUAGGGGUUUGCUCGGGAGGCUGCUGGCCGCUGCCAAGAUUACAUUUUCACACGCCCCCGAGAGGAACAAGCUGCAUCAGCAGACCUUUACAGCUCCCCUUUUCCCCCUCAUGAAGCUGCGACAAAGACUGCUGUCACGUUCCCUUUCUGCUGCAGGUGAAAUGAUUGUGAGUCAUGUGGAGGGACACAAUCAGGGACAAACUGUGUGUGUAGAUAAAGAGUAAAUGCUCUCUUGUUUACAGACUACUUUACACCGGCCUCCUGUAAUAUAACCCUGCUGCAGAUGAACGUACAUGUCCCUGUGUACACAAACAGCUGGAGGAUCCGGUUCUUAUCGGCCCCUCACUUUGUUUGCUCUCUAAACGCCUGAGCUCACGGAUGCGGAAUCGAGGGAUUGUCAGGAUCGUCUUCGCUGGCGAGGCCGCAGCUUUCUCGUUGUUUGGAUUCUGUCAUGUGUAAUGCUACAAUGGGAGUCUUGUCCCCCGAGCACUGAGAGUACACUAUUCAUUAGUUUCAAUGGGACACACAAACAUCCCUCUUCUAUUUAUAAUUAAUUGGAGGCUAUUAUUAUUUUUUUUAAUGCAAUUUCUUUAAAAUGUUAAAAUUAGUAUUAUUCUACAUUUUCCUUGGAAAGACUCAAACUAACGCCAUGUUGGUCCGUCUCUCUUCACUGUCUGUGCCUCUCGGCUCUAAGCAGAGCCAGCUCUCAGAUCUCUGAAUGGCUGCCUACAUCUCUGAUUAUUUCACUGAUUCAAAAAGCUCUGCUGUUGGGCUCUUUGACGUUUUUUUUUUUUCCACCAUUUGGAAAACAAACAGAGACAACCAGUGAUUGGCUGGCAGGACUGAGAAUGGGGACGUUGUGUUCCUGCACUAGUGCCAGACAAAUAGCGAAAAGCAGGGCAAAGAGAUUGGCAGCGAGCUCGGACGAGAUCGAUGAGGGUGACCAGGUUGUUCCUGACCUGCGACUGGCAAUGGACUACAUGAACAACGCCCCCAACAACUACAGUUCUGGAGACACCAUGAACUCCACCUUAGCCAACAUGACCAUCAACGACCAGCACCACCAGGAGAACGGCGUGCAGCUGGGACACAGAAGCCCCGGAGAUGCCAAAAUGAAAGAGACUGAAGCAGCUCUCAGUGAGAACGGAGUGAAAUCUGUGUCUGAGCUGACUCAGGCAGAGAGCGGCCACUGUGACCACAUGGUGACACCCGUAGGGACGCCUGCAGAGAAAGCAGAGGUUGCCGCUGAGCUCUCAGGAAAAGAGAGCACCACAUGUGAGGACGAGGGGCAGCUUGCAGCAGGAGGAGCAGCUCCAACAGCUCAAGCAAAGAUGGAUAACGGCUCUGCGGAUAAGAGUGGUGCAAAACAAACCCCUGGAGCCAAAACCUCUGCAAGGCCUGGAGAUGCCAAGAGUGGACAGAGCAGCCCUGGUACUCCUAAGUCCCCCACUAGCCAAGCAAAGGCGGCGGCCGAGGCCAACAAAGUGAAGAAAGUGGCCGUGGUGCGCUCUACGCCCAAAUCCCCAGGCUCGCUCAAGAGCCGCCCGCCCGCCCCUCUGGCUGCAGCAGCACCCAUGCCGGACCUGAAGAACGUCAGGUCCAAGAUCGGCUCCACGGAGAACAUGAAACACCAGCCAGGAGGUGGAAAGGUACAAAUCCUUGAUCAGAAGUUGGACUAUAGUAAUGUGCAGGCUAAGUGUGGCUCCAAAGGCAAUUUGACACAUGUACCCGGUGGCGGCAAAGUCCAAAUCCUGGACAAGAAGCUGGACUUGGCUAACGUCCAAGCUCGCUGUGGCUCCAAAGCCAACCUCAAGCACACUCCUGGUGGAGGCAAGGUUCAAAUUCUUGAGAAGAAGGUGGAUGUAAGCAAUGUGCAGUCCCGCUGCGGCUCCAAAGAUAAUAUUAAACAUGUACCUGGUGGUGGCAAUGUUCAGAUUGUGCACAAAAAAAUAGAUCUGAGCACCGUUACAUCAAAGUGUGGAUCGAAAGACAACAUUCGUCAUAAACCAGGUGGUGGAAACAUCGAGAUCAAACAUGAGAAGCUGGAGUUUAAAGUCCAGUCUAAGGUCGGCUCUCUUGACAACAUCGGCCACGUUCCAGGAGGAGGAGGGAGAAAGAUUGAGAGCCACAAACUGAGCUUCCGUGAGACAGCCAAGGCCCGCACUGACCACGGCGCUGAGAUCGUCUCUUUGGAAGACUCCCCCCACCAGCUCAGCAACGUAUCCUCCUCCGGCAGCAUCAACAUGGCCGACUCCCCGCAGCUCUCCACGCUGGCCGACCAGGUGUCCGCCUCCCUGGCCAAACAAGGCUUGUGAAUGCACCUCCUCUUCCUCUUCCUCCUCCUCCCCUCCUCCAACCUCUCCCUCCACCUCCACCUCCUACUCCACCACACGUCCACGUUAGAGGAGUUGUGAUGCCUUCCUCAUUAUGUUCACAGGACUUUUUUAGCUACCCAUCACUGUUUAUCCUUCACUAACUGUUCUUAAAAGAAAAAAAAACGGAUUAACAUUUAGGCCAACAUGUAUUGAAUUUCUCUCUGUGGUCUUUAUUUGCUCUUCUACCUUUUGUAAGUUUCCCUUUAAGAGUCAAAGCACCCCAGCAGAGCCAAGUUCUCCCUGUGAAUCUGACUAAUUCUCUUCAUGCAUAUCCUGGUGGAUCAUCCAAACACCCGGUUUCCUGUCAACAUCGACUGUGAACCCUUUAGGAAGUUUUAAAUGUCCCCUUCGAUGGGUGUCCACUUCUGUUUAGUUUUCUUUAUUUUUAAAGCUAGAACUUGUCAAACGGAGGGAAAGCGGACUGUUAGGUGCCAGUUUGUGCAAACGCUGAAGAAGGAACAGUGACAGGGUACAGUGAGGGGAAGACUGUUUCAAGAAAAGUAGCAAUUUGUUUUUUGUUUUUUUCGUAAAGGCAGGAAAAAAAAAAUGCUUACAGACCUCGCUGCUGUCUUUGCUUUGUGUAGUCCCGACAUGUGCGGCACCUCUGUAGGUGACCCGGGUGCAACCUGGAUUUAAAAAAAAAAAAAAAAAAAAUACAGAACGGCUAGAGUAGAAACUUUGGUUUGUGUUGGGCACAGUUUUAUAAUCGUACUCUGUGGAUAUAUGACAUGUAUUUGAUAUGAAGAAACAUUUGUAUUGUGCCUGCUACUGUCAGUGUUAUUUUGAUUUGAUUUUUUGUUACUGCUCUAUUUGUAAAUGCGCUUCAGCUUUGACGUAUGAGGAAGACAACUAACCUUUCAAGUUUAACUUUUAUGGCCAAAUUAUGACAAGGAAGCUCAUCACUGAUUACAGUGUUUAACCUGCACAUUAAACGUAGCCAGAAUAACGUUUAAGGCAAUUCUUAAACAACUAUUCUUAAAGCGAGACUACGUAACUUCUGCGAAAUAUAGGCCUCUUAGAUGAUGCUAUAUGCUAAGCUAACUAAGCCAACUCCACAUGGUUCACUGAUUAGUCGGGUAUUUUCCGGCAAAAAGUGUUUCUCCUUUUAGAGGUUAACCAAUGAGUGCUGGAGGGAGUAACCAUUAGCCAAUCAGUGCCAGGGGCGGGACGAAUGCGGUUGUCAUGCUAGGUGUGUUGCUGCAUUCGUGUGCUCCUCUGGAUGGUUCAAGUUUUUGAGUUUUUCGAGUUGUUGUUCCGACUUGAGCAGGCGUUCAUGUGCAUUUUCCAACCCGGAAACUCGUUCUUCCGAUGUGUCGGACGCCACAUGAAUGCAGGGUGCCUGAUUGGGUUAAAUCUCUGACACAACUAAAACAAACGUACUUCAGAGGUCUUAAACCGUUUCAAACCUUUUAAAGAAAAGCUGAUCAAAUAUUCCUCAGAUUUAAUGACGGCCAUGAUGAUUGCACACGAGCCAAAAAAGCGCCACAGUCGAGACCGAAACAGUUCUUCUUCUUCUGUGGUUACGCUCCAUUUAAAGCGACUUUGUGGUGCUUGAAACACUUUUUAACACAUCGAGGUUGAUCUAAAUUUCUCUGAUUGUGUAACGCAUCUUACUCAGCCAUCUAUCAGGACGAAAACAUACCUCAAAGGCAUGAACAACUUUUCACACUGAGCGUAACCUUGUUGUUUAACUGUGUGUCAGAACAGAGAAGGAGGAAUAAUGACAGCUGCCACUGAUAUGAUCUUUUUCUUUUUAAAGCUAGCAUGUCUUCUCGGAGGCUUAGUUUGUUUUUAUUUGCUCCACUCCCGUAAAACAGAGGCUAAAUGUUAGCAUGGAUAUGCAUCAGUGUUUACUUCAACCCACGACAGUUUCAGGUGGAUUCAUUGCUCUCAUGUGAUUGGCUCAGUGAAGUCAAACUGAAGAUAGAAACAAACAGACAAGUUGACAGUUCUGUCUGAUUUCAGGCAAAAGCUACAACUUAGCGUUUAGCCAAGUGUAAAGAAGUCCCAGAAAUGUUUGAUUUACCUAACAUCAUGCUAGCUAGCAGACACUAACAGUUGCUAGUAAUGCAGCAGAUGAAGUGAGGCUGCAGCAGAGAAACUUCUGAGUGUAUAUAACUACACAAAGGCUGCAUUACACUUAUUCUAGAAUUAAUCCUAAAGACAAAGAGUGUGUGUUUACUUCACUCAAACAUAGUUACAUAGUCUCACUUUAAAAAAGAAAAAGUAGUAUUUUAAAAUUCAUUGACCAGAAAGAGAACGACUGUCUGGAGAAAGAGAGGGACGGAUGAAGGAUGGAUGAAGGUUGUUGAUGGAUGGAUGGGUUGAUAAGGCCAAGUUGAGAUGAGGGAUUUUGGCACGCGACAAGAUGAAGAAGAGAAACUGUACAGCGAUGAGCUCAUCAUCAGUUAGACAAAUGACACCUGUACCCACGUCAGCUGCUAGAUUUCAUCUUCUGGUCUCAGAAAAACAGCAACAUGAACAAAUGGGCAAAAGUAUGUGGACACCUGAAGUCGCAUCGAUGAAACCAGUUCACCCUUAACCAUGCUGCUCGACUUCUUCAACACCAAACUGGGAUUCUGUGCGCUCAGGCAAAUUAAAAACAAGAAACACACAAAACUUAAACAGAGGUUCCUAAACCUUUUCCUGCUCAUUUCUACGGAAGCCUGAAGCGGACAUGCAUCCAAACAUUUCGCUCUCUUUGUCUUCCUGUGAUAACGAGUCAUUUCCGGUUGUUUUCCUGAGAUCUCGACUUCUUCAUCUUUAUCGUCAGAGUUACAAAAGCACAAAAAAUCAUAGAAACACGUUUCACCAGAAUAUUGUUUUGUUUUCAAGAUCGCCACAAAACGAUCCAGUUAUCACGAGAGAAACAAGCUUCAAAUCGACUGAAAUGACUCGUUAUCAUAUACAAGUGGAGUGAACAAAAUACAGGGAUGCAUGUCAGCUUAGUGACUCUCCUGGGUUCAUCUUUUAAUUUAGUUAUUUUCAGAAGCCAGGGAAGAUUUAAAAAAAAAAAAUUGCCAUGAAGAAGUGAGGAAAACGUUUAAAUUUGAGCAGGUCUGAGAUAUGUUGUUGUUUUAAUGCUGUCCUUUCCUGUGUCCUGUCUUCUGUGAUCAGAAAAUCACAAUUUUCAAUACUUAAAUAAGUUAAAAACUCGAACCAAUGAACCACAAUUUGUCUUGAUUUGUUUAAGAUUGAGAAGAAAAAUCGCUUUUAAAAACACCCGUACACACAGCUGGAAAAUUAGGGGGAAAAAAAAGAAGGGAUUCCACCUUAAAGACGGAAAAAAAGAUGACCCUGCUCCCCCUAGUGGUGGCUUUUAUAAUGAGUGCUGAAUGCUGGUUUCCUUAAUUGGAACAAAAGGGCCUAGCAUACAACAGAACAGAAGUGCUCAAAAGUUAAGUAGCAAGAAAAGCUAAUUAAAAAAACUUGUGUAUAAUUGUCAAUUCAUAGUUUAGAGAACAGUUUUCAAAACUCAGGAUUCUUACCUUGCUCCCCCUAGUGGUGGCUUUUAUAAUGAGUGCUGAUGGCUGAUUUCCUUAAUUGGAAUAAAAAGUGGCUAUCGUGAAAAAAUCGAAGUGUUCAAAUGUUCAGUAAGUUUGCCGAGUCGUCCGCAUACUUUUGUCCAUUUAAUGUGUUUUUAUUGAAACGCCACAGAUCAGAGGAGAGUUUGAGGGAGUUCCUGCAGACUUUAUCGCAAAGAAUCUUGUGUUUGAUCAACGAUAUGAAUGCAACCAGCUGCAGAUUCAAGAAGAAGUUUUCAAUAAGUUACAAAAAUAAAAGCAUUAAGGGGCUCUAACAUGUCCUCAUGUUGAUAAAUAUUCAUCACUAAUACUCCCAUGAAUAUAAAGUGGAAGACCUUCUUGCAUGCACCUCAUGUAAGAGCCAGCUUGUCUGCUUGUUGCCUCCCUUUCUUUUUGUAUAUCCUGUUAGUGUAUGCUCUCUGGAUCCUGAGGGAUAUACCAAAUCUGCUCCCGGCUGUGAGUCAAAAUAAAAUCUUUAUGAAUCACAAAUACUUUAAGUUAACGAUCAGACAGGAUUUAAGUGCGUGCUUGCAACAUUAUCUGCAUGCUUCCUUAUUCUUUUCAGACAGAGCAGUCGUCUCAGUGUGCAGGAUGGAGGUGUGUGUGUGUGUGUGUGUGUGUGUGUGUGUGUGUGUGUGUGUUAGGGUCUGGGAGUCGAUCCCACUGCAGAAGAGGCGAUGAAGGUGUGCGGUAACGUUUGUGUCCGGGGAAGUCUCUGCAGUAACAAAACUCAUCACUUUUUUUUUUUGUUCUUUUGUUUUUGUUUGGGUUCUUUCUGACGCUGUACAGUUGUGGAAAUGUGAUUGUUCUCGUUAUUGUGCAUUUUAUCAAUAACUGGUUUAUGAUGAUACUUGUUGCUGUAUAUGUGUAUUUGAAAAUAAAUGCUAUGAAGUCA